CCCCUUUAACAGCAAUCUCCCGCGUUCUAACAAGCGGAAAUAGAAUACCUUCUUUUCUCUAUUUAAGCGCGCCAACAAAGACAGCUUUUAAGGGGGCUGUUGGUUCGUCGUCUGCAACAAGGUAGGCUUUUAAGUUUUGGGUUAGCUCGCUGUCCUUCGAUUAAAAUGCCAGAAGAAGCGUCAACCGUGUCUGGGUCUGGGAGUGAGGAAAAGCCGUGCUCGUCAACAGCUGCAGCAGACAGCUCAGCUGAUGUGAUGGAGGAGGCAAAGAAACUGAUCGGAACAGGGAAAAGGCAUCUGGUGAUGGGGGAUGUUGUUUCUGCUGUCAGUGUUUUCCAGGACGCCUGUAGCAUGUUGGCUGCAAAGUUUGGAGACACCGCAGAUGAAUGUGGUGAGGCCUUUUUCCUGUGUGGGAAGUCCCUGCUGGAGCUUGCAAGGAUGGAGAAUAGCGUCCUUGGUAACGCUCUGGAGGGAGUCCCUGAGGAAUCUGAGGAAGAGGAGCAGCCCAAUAACGCCAAUAUUGAGAGUGCAGACAACCUUGAUGAGGAAACUAGAGAAGAGCUUCGGAAGCAGGUCUAUGAUGCAAUGGCAGAAGAGGAAAAGGCAGAGGCAGCUGACGUAACGCUCGGAUCAAAAAGUAUGAUGAGAAACGUUGAGGUGGAAAACGAAAAUAUCGAGCUGAUGGCACCAGUGGAGCAAUGUGCGAGUGGAUCAGAAGAAGCUUCGAGCUCUCCUUUAAAUGUGGAGAAAUGCACAAAAGAUGCGGAGCAGAAGAGUUCAUGCCCAGAAGCUGAGGCGGAGCGUCGCAGUCCUCAAUCUGAAGGGGAACCGUUAAGAGGAGAGGAUGAAGGUGCUGAAGAGCCCGAGGAGGGAAAAGACGAAACCAAACCAGAAACUGACGAAGGCGAGGACAAGUCUGAGGGUAAUGAUGACGAUGACGAUGAUGAUGAUGAUGAGGAGGAAGGAGAGAAAAAUGCUCAAGAUAAUGAAGAAGAUGAUGUAGGAAAUCUGCAGUUGGCAUGGGAGAUGCUGGAGGUUGCCAAAGUCAUUUUCACAAGGAAGGAAAGCAAGGAAGAACAACUGAUGGCAGCUCAGGCUUAUCUGAAACUUGGAGAAGUCGGUGCCGAGUCGGGUAACUAUCCGCAGGCGCUGGACGACUUCCAGGAGUGUCUUUCCCUGCAGCUGAAGCACUUGCCUCCUCACAGUCGUCUGCUCGCCGAGACCCACUACCACGUUGCUACAACGCUUUGCUACAUGGAUCAGUACAACCAAGCCAUCCAGCACUACAACAGUUCCAUAAAAGUCAUAGAGACCCGUCUGGCCAUGUUGCAGGAGAUUAUAGACGCAGCGAAAGAUGCUGCAGCAGCAGAGGAGAAAAACGAGAUGGAAGAACUGAAGCUGCUGCUUCCCGAGAUCAGGGAAAAAGUGGAAGAUGCCAAGGAAAGUCAGAGAACAGCCAGUGCUGCCUCACAGGCAAUCCAGCAAACACUGGGGACUGCCUCAACUUCAUCAGCAUUCCUGUGUGAAAAUGGUGGCCCUUCAUCAUCCUCAUCCUCAACGGCAUUUGCAACAACCAGCCAGAUUCCAGUUAAAACCCGUGACGGCACCUCCUCUUCCAAAGCGUCUGACAUCUCUCAUCUAGUGAGGAAAAAGAGAAAACCAGAAGAGGGGAGCCCAGUAAAGGACACAGGUGCUAAACAACCGAAACGGGAAGCAACAGUUAAUGGCAGCGGUGAAUCUAGUGCCAGCAACAGGAAUGAGAUCCAGGAGGGCAAAUCACAGCCUGCCACCCAGUCAGCCUCCGAGUCCUCAACAUGACCAUCUUCUUCCCAGUCUUGAGUUCUGAAACCAG